GCAAAUCAAGAUAAAAAUACAUUUCGGGGAGAUGACUCACAGGCACACGGUAUUAAUCUAGUAUCAAGAAAUAAUGAUGUGGGGUCGCACGAAAGUUAUAAGUUUGAUUGGAAGAUUAAGAGUGGUUAACCACAUUUUCUCUUUAUAUCCUACUGAAAUUGAUGGCACCCUACCAUUAAUGAACUUUAUAGCACCUCUUAACAUCAAAAUCGAACAGUACACUAUUUAGACUAGGCAAAGAAAAAAAGAUGGUACCUGUGGUCCUCGCUUAUUCUUGCUCUUUUUUUCACCAUCCAAAUUCACUUUCUCUUCAUCUGAUUGAUUACACACUUCUUCCGAACUUCUUCUCCAUACCAUAGGAAUGGAGGAGGAUAAAGAAGAAGGGAAAAAGAUCACGGUGGUGAGUGAAUUGGAAGAAGAAGGUGAAGAAGAAGAAGACGAUGAUGAAGAUUUCGAAGAUGAUAAUAAGAAAAAAAGAGCAUUAACUCCCUGUAAGAGAAGGGCUUCGAGUGUAGGAGGAGGAUCGACGCAGCGUUCUUGUCAGGUGGAAGACUGCCUUGCUGAUAUGAACGCGGCAAAGGCGUACCAUCGCCGCCAUAAAGUUUGCGAAUUCCAUGCCAAGGCUACGGUUGUUCUUCUUUCCGAGUUACGGCAGCGGUUCUGUCAGCAGUGCAGCAGGUUCCAUGAGUUAUCAGAGUUCGACGAAGCUAAAAGAAGUUGCCGAAGGCGUUUGGCGGGACACAAUGAGCGUCGGCGCAAGAGCUCAUAUGAUUCACAAUAAUAAUAUAUUGAAUUAAUGUAAUUUCUAGACCAAGGCAAACUCACUCAUCGAUGAGUACUCGAGUGGGCCUUCUGUUCACCCCUGAAGAGAAUGCUCUCUAUCUUCUGUCAUUGCUGCUUGAUUACUUUUCAGAAAGCACUAGCUGGUUAUGUAUAAGUAAUAAGUGAAAACUACUUUGUAAUAAACAUUAAUAAAAAGCUAAUGUAAUGCAUCCAUUUCAUGUUACC